AUGACUCAGUCUGUUCGUGACAAGAAACUAUGCGUGGACAUGGCAACGGAAGGUUGCGUGAGCAGAGUCAGUCCGAGGUACGUCAGUGCACAAGAUGAAUCGUUGGAGCGGAAAGGUAGCGAUAGUGACAGGCGCGAGUGUCGGUAUAGGUGCCGCGAUAGCGAAAUCUUUGGGAAGCCACGGAGUAACAGUGGUCGGCUUGGCAAGGCAAUUGCCAAAGCAUCGGGAACUUAUCGCGGAAAUCGGCAAGAACAAGUUUUACCCGAUCGAAUGCGAUGUGACAAAGGAAGAAGACAUUCUGAAGACGUUCAAAUGGGUGGAGAAGGAGCUCGGUGGCACAGAUAUUUUAGUGAACAACGCUGGAAUCCUCACCUUAAAUCCUAUCAUAGUAUCUCAUUGCAUGAGAAUCUCAUGAAAUUCUGCGGAGGAAGAAGAGGCGACAAAAUGAAUCCCGAAUCUUCUGUUGUAGAAUCGAAUAGCGAAGAAUGCCGUAAUCUUAUAGAGACCAACCUGAUAGCUCCGGCAAUUUUUGCACGAGAAGCCAUACUCUCCAUGAAGAAACGUAACGCAGCCGGUCACAUAGUCAACAUUAACAGCAUAGCUGGACUAUUCGCUGAAACUUUACCCAUAUCACUCGGCAUGUAUUGUCCAAGUAAAUACGGCCUCAGAGCUCUGGGUACGGAACUUCGACACGAAAUAAUUAUGGCUAAAUUGAACAUCAAAAUCACGAACAUCAGUCCUGGUCCUGUAGACACCGACAUGAUAAGAAAUGCAUUGCCAAAUGUAGACACCAAGUCUGCCCGAAUGUUGCAAGACAUAGACGUCGCCAACGCAGUCGUUUACACCUUGGGUACACCUGAAGGUGUGGAGAUUACCGAAAUUACGCUAGUGCCACAAAAUCAAAAUUUAGGUGUACCAAGAGAUUUCCCCCGCUAGUCACAGAGGUAUGGACGAAACUUUGACGAUUUAGGAAAACACAAAGAUGUUUAUGGUGACAGAAGAAAGUUAACAUACAUAAUUGAAGAAAAUUGUGGAAAUAAAGAGGCACGUUAAUCUACGUUUCCCUCACAACAUUCUCUAAUUGAUUUUUACCUUGUAGUGUAUUAAUUUACAUUAUUCAAUUGAUUAUCUUAAAUAACAAGAUACAGAAAUUGCUGUGAACGAAAGAAUAAAUAGAAAUGCAGUUUAUUUGUCUGUUCCCACAGAUAUGCUUAUAAUGAUGUUAUAUCCCUAAUUUACUAUUUAUCUCGACAAACCAGAUAUGUUUAAGCACAUAAGCUAGAGAACAUUGUGUAACCGAAGACUAUCAAGCGAGUUAAAGAUUUAAAAUUCUAUUUGAUAAAAAG